AUGACUCAGCCGGGAUCAAACUGGAAGCCCUUCAACAUUGCUGUUGUUGGUGGCGGUAUUGGUGGUGUUGCAGUUUCCAUCGCUCUUAGGAGAGCAGGCCACAACGUCACCAUCUAUGAGCGAGCAGACUAUGCGGGCGAGGUCGGUGCAUCGAUAUCCUGCGCAGCAAAUGGCAUGAAAUGGCUACGAGAGUGGGGUGUCGACAUCGAGAAGGGCGACGGCGUCUAUCUUCGCAAGCUCAUCAACCGCGACUGGAAGACUGGUGAGCCCGUGAGCGUGUACGACCUUGGAGACUAUGAAGAGAAGUGGGGCAACCCAUACUACAUGUUCCACAGGCAAGACAUGCACAAGAUGCUCAUGGACUGCGCUACGCAAGAGGAAGGCGCUGGCCAGCCAGUCAAGCUCGUUGUCAACCACAAGUGUGUCGACCUCGACACCACAACAGGACGCAUCACGUUCGGCAACGGAGUCGUUGCUGAGCAUGACGUUGUCAUCGGCGCUGAUGGCAUUGGCUCUCAAAUUCGCAAACUCAUCGGCAUCCAAGUGGAAAAGCGCCCUGCCGACUCCAGCUGCCUCCACGCCAACGUCAUGACCAAGGACGCCGUAGCACGAGGAUACGAAGACUACUCGAAGAACAGCGCCAUCGAAUACUGGGGCGGCCACCACAGCUGGAACAAGAUCGUUCUCUCUCCCUGCAACAGCGGCAGCCUGCUCUCAUACUACUGCUUCUUCCCACGCGAAAAGGGCGACUUCACGGAACAGAAAUGGGACGCCGCGAGCACAGUCGACGAACUCCUCGCCCCAUACCCAGACCUCGACACCGGCGUACGAAACCACCUCGCAAUCGGCCAAGAAAUUCGCCCCUGGAGACUCUGGGUCCACGAGCCAUACUCCCACUGGCAAAAAGGCGUAGCCUGCAUCAUGGGCGACGCCGCCCAUCCAAUGAUGCCCGACCAAAGCCAAGGAGCCUGCAUGGCCCUCGAAGACUCCGCAGCCCUGGGUCUCGUCUUCCAAAAGGACUUCUUCCCCGGCAGCGUCGAAGAAGCCCUCCAACUCUACGAGCGUGUCCGCCACCCACGCGCCUCCAAAGUCCAAGCCGCAUCUGCUCGUGCACGAGAGAACAUUCACGAGCGUAUUGGCUUCUCAGACAACACUGAUAAUCCACUCUACAAAGUCAAGGAUGAGCAGAACAAGUUGACUAUCACCGAGAUGAACAGCUAUGAUAUGCGGGAGGAUAUCAAGACUAAGUGGCCACAACAAUGGCCUCAGUCGCUGGGCGAGAUUAGCAAGCCGAAUGGGCUGGCACCGCAAACGAAUGGUGUUGCUGUUGCUGCCCACUAG